AUUGCAUAUGAGCAAAAAAAGAUAUACAAAACGAUCUCGUCGCAGGCCAAGGCAAAGUAGAAGAGUAUAAAACUUUUGUCGCGGUUCUAAUGCGGAUCACUCUUUUUCAUCCCUCUGUAAAAUUAUAACACCUCUGCCAUGCCUCCCCGGAUGUUGCAGGGUCUGGACCGAGACGUUUACCAGAUCAUCCGCAAAUUCGAGGAUCAGCACGUCGAUGAAAAAAAGCCUCCGAAAUUCACUGUUUCAGGCGUAUACGACUCUAUUAAACAUUCGAAUUCAAGCCUGGCUCGCCAGAAAAAGCGUCCACUUGAGGACUCGAUAGAAAGGGUUCUUCGUCUUCGGCGAGAAGAAAGGCAAGAAGACGACGAAGAGGCUGAGAUUGAGGAAGCAGCAGCAUCAAAAUCACCCAAGCCGAAGGAAAGGGACUACUACUUGUUGAACAAACAAAUCACAAAGUCCUGGAAUAUCCCCAAAGCACAAUCCUCUGAGAUGACCACUCCAGAACCACAAGCCAGCUUAGAGGCAAAGAGGCAACCUAAUGGAGAGCCCAGGACUAAGAAACGCAGAGCCGAGCGUAAGGAGAAGGAUGACCGCACUCCUCCGACAGAUAUUACUCUAAGAGACCUUGGGGGUAUGGAAGCUGCUAUAGAAGUUCUUGUCACAUCAAUCACUUUUCCAAUGAGAUACCCCCAAUCAUAUCAGCGAGGCUCUGUAAAGCCCGCUCGCGGCGUGCUGAUACACGGCCCCCCCGGCUGCGGAAAGACCAUGUUGGCGAAAGCAUAUGCUGCAGAAUUAGGAAUAGCUUUCAUCUCCGUGUCUGCUCCGUCUCUCGUGGCUGGCAUGUCUGGAGAGUCAGAGAAGAAAAUCCGAGAACUCUACGAUGAGGCCAGAAACCUUGCCCCGUGCUUGGUGUUCAUCGACGAAAUAGAUGCCAUAAUGGGCAAGCGAGAAAAUGCACAACGAGAGAUGGAGAAGCGGAUAGUCGCCCAAAUGCUGACCUGCAUGGAUGACUGCGAUCCGCAGAAAAUGGACGGCAAGAUGGUCGUCACGCUUGCCGCCACAAAUCGACCAGACAGUAUAGAUCCGGCACUACGAAGAGCUGGCAGAUUCGACCAAGAAAUUGCCCUUGGAAUCCCCAACGAGGUAGCCCGUGAAUCUAUACUGCGCAAGAUGCUAGGCAGGACACGAGUUGCCGAUGACGUUGACUGCAAAGUCUUGGCCAAGAGGACGCCAGGUUUUGUUGGAGCAGAUUUGGAGAGCCUGAUCUCAGUGGCUUCGAACGACCUGGUCAAAGAAAUAGUGUCUAAAAUUGCGCAGGAAUCUUCAUCCUCUACCAUGGAUGUAGACUCCGAUACACAAGACAUCCCUAUCAUCAAGUUACAUGAUGCAAUCAACGCUGAAACCCGUCCGCCUAUGCCUGACGAAAGCUUUGUACUCACCAUGCAUCAUUUUCUCGAGGCUCUCACACGUGUACAGCCUUCGUCGAAGCGCGAAGGCUUCUCGACGAUCCCUGAUACCACGUGGGCUCAUAUUGGCGCUCUCGACAAUGUACGGAAGCGCUUGAUGCUCGCUAUCGUGGAGCGCAUCCAUCAGCCCAAGAUGUUCAAGUCUGUCGGUCUCGGCGGUCCUUCAGGCGUACUUCUCUGGGGACCCCCGGGCUGCGGCAAGACUUUACUAGCCAAGGCUGUAGCCAACGAGUCCAAAGCGAAUUUCAUCUCCGUUAAGGGUCCAGAGCUACUCAACAAGUACGUUGGUGAAUCAGAACGCUCCGUGCGUCAAGUCUUCAGUCGUGCUCGUGCCUCCGCCCCCUGUAUCGUAUUCUUCGAUGAGUUAGACGCCCUGGUGCCGCGCCGGGACUCGAGCGGUACCGACUCGAGUGCAAGAGUGGUAAACCAGCUCCUAACAGAGCUCGACGGAAAGGACAGCCGCUCAGGAGUGUAUGUCAUAGGCGCCACCAACCGGCCAGACAUGAUCGAUCCCGCCAUCCUGCGACCUGGUCGGCUCGGCACCAAUAUCUUCAUCGGCCUGCCCGACGCAGACGGACGUGUGGAGAUUCUGAAAUCCCUCAUUCGUCGCGUGAUGCCCUCGUACAAAGAUUUCGAUGUGCUGGAGACCGUGGCUCGGGACAGGCGGUGCGACGGGUUCAGCGGCGCUGAUAUUGAGAAUCUACACAACGCUGCGGCCGAGGCUGCUAUAACAAGAACAAGUUCCGAAGGAGGCGGAGAAGAGACGGAGAUUAGCAUAUUAUUGGCGGACUGGGAGAUAGCUCUCAAUGAGACGAAACCAAGCGUGUCAGAUAGCCACUCGAAGAAGUUUAGAGAGUUGAAAGAAAUCGGAUGGGAAUAAGUAUCACUUAUGUCCCCAUAAUCCAAUGAAUAUACACCCAUUUUCAUGAUGUAA